CUUUUCUCUGUCAGUAUUGAAACAAGACUGGCAAUCAGCUAAAAUAUCCUUGUCCUCUUGUCACUCCACCAGAAAGUAAAUGUAGAAGAAAUGUGUUGUUUUGGAGUAUUAGCUGCACUGUCUGUUUUCAACAUCAUUGCUUGUUUGACAAGAGGCAAGCCUGUGGAAGACUGGGACAGGCUGUCAGGUAUGGCAAAGUCUGAUGCACACUUUCAUCCUGGGGAAGCAGAAGAUGAGAACCAUUUCAACUUUAAAUCUUUCUUGGAGAAUAUGAAGAUGGAUUUACUGAGGAGUUUGAAUUUGUCAAGGGUCCCCUCACAAGUGAAGACCAAAGAAGAACCACCACAGUUCAUGAUUGAUUUAUACAACAGAUAUGCUGCAGACAAGUCCUCCAUCCCUGCAUCCAACAUUGUAAGGAGCUUCAGUACUGAAGAUGUUGUUUCUUUAGAUUCACCAGAAGAAAACCCAUUUCAGAAACACAUUUUGUUCUUCAACAUCUCUAUUCCACAAUAUGAGGAAAUCACCAGAGCUGAACUGAGAAUUUACAUCACCUGUCACAGGGAAGUUGGGUCUCUCUCUAGGCUGGAAGGCAACAUGGUAAUUUAUGAUGUUCUAGAUGAUGGCCACUGGGAAAACCCAGAAAGUACCAAAUCUUCCCUUGUCUCCCACAAUAUCCAGGAAUGUGGUUGGAAGAUGUUCGAAGUGUCCAGCGCUGUGAAAAGAUGGGUCAGGGCAGACAGACUGGAGACUAAAAAUAAGCUAGAGGUUGUUAUAGAGACUAAAUCUCUGAGUGGUUUUACUUGUGGGAAGCUGGAUGUCAGUGUUACCCCUGACACCAAAAACCUGCCCCUGUUAAUAGUGUUCUCCAAUGACCGCAGCAACGGGACAAAGGAGACCAAAGUAGAGCUCCGUGAGAUGAUUGUUCACGAACAGGAAAGCGUGCUCAAGAAACUAGGGAAGAACAACACCUCAUCUGAAGAGGAGCAACAGGGAGAGGAAAAGGCCAUCACUGGAUCCCACCUGCAUUCCUCCAGAAGCAAGAGAAGUGUUGGAGCCAACCACUGCAGGAGAACUUCCCUCCAUGUGAACUUUGAAGAGAUUGGCUGGGAUUCCUGGAUCAUUGCACCAAAAGAUUAUGAGGCUUUCGAGUGUAAAGGAGGCUGCUUCUUCCCUCUGACAGAUAACGUCACCCCAACUAAACAUGCUAUUGUCCAAACCCUGGUGCAUCUUCAAAAUCCCAAAAAAGCCUCCAAGGCCUGUUGUGUUCCAACCAAACUGGAUUCAAUCUCCAUUCUUUAUAAAGAUGAUGCUGGUGUGCCUACUUUGAUAUAUAACUAUGAAGGGAUGAAAGUGGCAGAAUGUGGCUGCAGGUAGUAUACAAGGCUGAAUCUCUAAAAAUAGGAACAUCCCCUUUUUCUGUCCUGUGUAAAUCUGUACAAUAGUGAUGCUAAUGAAGACCAUUACAAACAAGGUUUGGAGCAGGGUAUGGGGCUGGCUGUUGUUGCUGCUUGUUUUAAGGGAAAGUUGUCAUUUAAAGAAUGGCAAUCUUUGUAAAUAGCCUGCAUUAUAUAUCAUGGCAAAGUGAAUACUGGAUUAAAAUGUUGUGAGAUU